AGCCAGAACCCAUGUGAUGUUUGGCCCAAGGUCUUGACAGAAGCCACGAAAAAGAAACCCUAAACUCUCGAGAAGCUGAGCUGCGUCAACCAAGCUUCUCGGUUCGCUGAACGAAGCCUGUGGACUCGAUUCGACCGCUCGCUCUAUCCCACUCCGUUUCUAGCCAUCAUCAGCUCUUUCGGUACAAUGUCGAGAAAGCUCCUCCCUCCCUCCUCCUUCUCUCUCUCUCUCUCUCUCUCUCUCUCUCUCUGCACUAUGUAUCUUAGGGUUUUGAGAUGUGAAUUAUUUAUUUUUUCAAUCGUUAAGAAUCGGGUACUGCCAUCUAUUCCCCUUUUGGCUUAGCUGAGAUGGCAAUAGUUAUGGAGUUUCUUGACAAUUACUGGGUUUUAUUAUUUGUUCUAUUUGCCAUUUCUUUGUCUGGCUGUCUGGUAGUGCUAAAUGUUGAAGUAACAUAUACCAUACUUUUGAAUGAAUGGUUGUUUUGUGCUGAUUUUUCUUUUAAUCGGCAACUGAUUGUUAUUGUUUACCUUUUCUGUGUUUUCUUGUUGGUAGUAUAUCAGUUUGGGAUUUUUGAAUUUUAGCUUGGAACAGUGGGAUAUCUGCCAAUGAUGACUAUGCAACUUGUAGCUGUCCUUUAUAUUUUGCACACUGCAGGGCGAAGUUUUGUUGAUUCACUUAUUGAUUUUGUUGCUUGUCAAUAAAGCUCCGCUCUAUUACUAAAAGAAAAGUUUAAUUGAGAGGUUGACUAAGUAACAUACACCCACUUCAGGAACACCCACUUCUCUCCCUGAAGAUGUUUUCUUUUGGAGUUUCAUUGUUUAACAAUAAUUAAUGGGACUGGGAAUGCUAUAUGUAUUUCCAGAAUUUUUUUUUCUUCAAUUUGUUGAAAAAGAGAACUGAGCAAGGUGAAUGCAUAAAUAUAUGUCAAGCUUACCUGAUUUCAUGACACAAAUGCUUUCUUUAUGAUAGAUGACAAGCGCUUGGACAAAUUUGAGCUUUGCAAUCAUACAUAGGGAUAUAGAGAGGGAGUGGGAGAAUCAGGGUGGACUUAUGGGUAUUAUUUUUUAUAAAUGGAGAUUCUUGCUCACUCUCAGAAGAACUAUACGCCUGCAAAAAAUUCAUGGGAGGAUGAGGAGAUCAAAAUAAAUUUCAAAUUUAUUAUAGCUUUGGAGCAUAUUGGAGCAAAUGAGCAAUGGAGCUUUUGGAGCACCGCUCACAUGGAGGAUUGCUCACUUGGUUUGCUUCAUAGUUUUUGGUUUUGCUAUUUUUGUUAUCGUCAGAGUGCUGAUGAUGAGCUGAGCAGGAGUGGACGGAGUUACUAUAUUUCUGAAAAAAAUGAGGGAGUGUUUCUCUAUUUAUGUGGUUGAUUUGCUCUUUGCAGUUGAAGCUUUGCAUAUCCUUUGGUAGCGCAAAUGAGUGGCCGCUUUUCUCGGACAAUCUAUGUUGGCAACUUGCCAUCAGAUAUAAGAGAAGGGGAAGUUGAAGAUCUAUUUUACAAGUAUGGCCGCAUACUGGAUAUUGAGCUGAAGAUUCCACCUCGUCCUCCCUGUUAUUGUUUUGUGGAGUUUGAAAAUGCUCGGGAUGCAGAAGAUGCAAUCAGGGGCCGUGACGGUUAUAAUUUUGAUGGCUGUCGUUUGAGAGUCGAGCUGGCCCAUGGGGGUAGAGGGCAAUCUUCAAGUGAUCGUCGUGGUAGCUACAGUGGUGGAGGUGGGGGUCGAUAUGGCAUCUCACGCCAUUCUGAAUUUCGAGUUAUUGUUCGUGGACUCCCAUCUUCUGCUUCCUGGCAAGAUUUGAAGGAUCAUAUGCGAAAAGCGGGUGAAGUGUGCUUUGCCGAAGUAUCUCGAGACAGUGAUGGGACUUUUGGCAUUGUUGAUUAUACUAAUUAUGAAGACAUGAAAUACUCUAUUCGGAAGCUGGACGACAGUGAGUUUAGGAAUCCUUGGGCUAGAGCUUAUAUUCGGGUGAAGAGGUAUGAGGGUACUCCAUCAAGGAGCCGUAGUAGAAGCCGCAGCAGAAGCAGGAGCCCAAGAAGGAACCGAAGCAAAUCAUUGGAACGAUCUCCAUCAAGAUCAGUGUCCAAGUCUAGGUCAGCAUCACCUGUUAAAUCAUCCAGAGCAAGGUCCAGAUCGAGGUCGAGGUCAAGGUCAAGGUCCAUUUCAGGAUCUCCCAAUGGUAAAUGACUGAUUGUGAGCCAAUUGAAGGAGAGGGAUUUGAAGGGGGGCUGAAUAAUUUAGAAUUCCGGUGAGAACUCUGCAUGGCCUGUAAGAUGGACUUAAUGAGGAAGUUUGAGCAGAAUUGCAUGCGUUUGUUACUUAAAAUUUAGAAAUGUCUUGAUGAAAAACCUAGAACUAGGCGUCUGCUGUUGGGCUUUGAUCAUUAUAGUCACUUUAUGGAACAUACUGCAUCCAUCCUUCAUUUAGUUGUUCUUUCCCAAUUGAACUACUCUAUUCAUUCAAGUGCAUGUUCUAGUGUGGAUUUUUAUUUUUAUAUCGUAAUGGGUGUUGGAUAACUGUCAGCUUUAAAUGGUAUUUUUCAAUCUAGUUUGUUUUAUUGUGUUCGAAUUUUAA